AUGAGGUCUCUCUCGACGGUUGUUAGCUCCGUCGCCAUUCUCCUGACCUCAGUCAGCGCUUUUCCUACGGGCAAUAUUCCUCGUCAAACCGACAGCUGCUUCAUCCGCUUGAAGAACGGCGAUGGUGAUGCGUCCGUCGGGGCCAGUAUUCCAGUGGAUGCACUCUUUUCAACCGACGAUAACCGCCAAAUCAAUGCUGGUGUAAACGCACAAGCCGUUACUCCCGGCUGUGUCUGCCAGGCCUUCAGUGAUGCUGCCGGGACACUCAAGCUUGGCGGUAUCUUCGAUGACCAGACGCUGGUUAGCUUUACCGAUGCUUCCAGCGGAGAGGUCGACUCUCAGAUUGACCAGGCUGUCCCCAUCGGCUCCUUCUGCUGUGUUUUAGCUCCCAACACUGUGCCCACUUGCUCCAGUAUUGGCACUCCUUCUCCUCCGCCUCCCACCGACGCUGUUCGUGUUCAGAUCAACUCAGUGGAUGAUUCAGCGGUGCAGAUUCAAGUUCCUGCGGAUGGCUCGCCUUUUGCAGUCUCUUUCGGCUUGGCCAACGCGGUGGAGAUUGUUGACGUCGAGAGCUCGAACAAGGCCACCUGCCAAGCGUUUUCUGACGUUGCCGGCACCGUCGCGGUUGGAAACCCCUUUGGCACCGACCUCUUGUCUCUGAACGGCGGAGCGGCUGUCGACAUCCUCUCUUUCCGCUGCAAGUCGACAUACUAA